AUGCUUUACAUUAAAAAGGAGAACGCUUCUUCAUCAAUUUCGAAAGAACUAGUUCCUUUACGAGAAGUCUCUGUCGAUGUUCACAUAAAUUCGUUCGCUGCCGAUGUCACCAUCACUCAAUUGUUUCAAAAUGACGAAUCCGUGCCAAUUGAAGCGGUCUACUGUUUUCCAGUUGAAGAAAAUGCUGCCAUCUAUGCGUUCAUGGCUCACAUAGAUGACGAACGUGAAAUCAUUGCCGAAUUGAAAGAAAAGAAAGUAGCACAACAAGAGUAUUCAGAAGCAUUGGCUUCAGGCCAUGGUGCUUACCUGCUUGAGCAAGAUGAAGCUUCUAACGAUAUAUUCAUUGUUAGUGUAGGAGCACUGAAACCAAAGAGUAAAUGUCGUAUUACUAUUAGUUACGUCAGCGAACUUGACCUUUUGCAUGGAAAUGAAAAGCCAAUCAUUCGUUUUGUCAUUCCUACUACAAUUGCACCACGUUAUUCUCCUGAACGCAAAGGUAUUUCAUCACCAGGCGGAACUCAAGCUCAAUACGCUGAAUCAGUUCCUUAUACCAUCGAUUUACAAUGUCGUGUGGAUCGAUUAGCUCAAAAUGUCAGUGGCGUUUCAUCACCAUCGCAUCCGAUCAAAAUCGACAUGAGCAAUCCCGACAAUUUUCUUAUUCAGUUCAGCCAACAAGCAGCUCAACUAGAUCGUGAUAUUAUUAUCGAUGUUGAAUUAUCACAAACGAAAACAAGUAUAAUUGCUGCUGUUGAAAAGAGCGCUCUGAUGAUUUCAUUCAUGCCAAAUGAACAGGAUUGUCGACAGAACAAGGACAACACAACUGAUGAAUUUCUAUUUGUAAUCGACUGUAGUGGCUCGAUGCAAGAUGAAAACAAAAUAGGUCUUGCACGUAAAGCGAUGUUACNUUAA